UCUCAGGGAAGACCAGGAAGACACCCCGAUAACCACAGGGUCAACUGCACCUUCUCUCCACAAAGGAUGUCGAGUGGGCUGCUCCUCUGCUUGGUCAGCUGCCUCGCGGCCACAAACCAGGCCAUGCUCAUCAAGCGCUGUUUCCUGGCCAAGGUGCUGCAUGAGGAGGAGGUAGAAGGACUUGAGGGCUACACCCUGAACGACUGGCUCUGCCUGGCUUCUGUGGAAAGCAACUUCAACGCAUCAAAGGUAAAUGAAAAUGCUGACGGCAGCUUUGACUAUGGCAUCUUCCAGAUCAACAGCCACUACUGGUGCAAUGACUUCCGGAGUCACUCGGAAAACAUUUGUCACAUGGACUGUCAAGACCUGCUGAGCCCCAGUCUUCUCUCAUCCAUCAGCUGUGCAAAAAAGAUUGUGUCUAAAGCAGGCGGGAUGAGGAACUGGGUCAGAUGGAGGCUGCACUGCGCAGGCCACCCACUUUCCUACUGGUUGACAGGGUGCCACCUGGAAUGAGACCUGAGCAGGCCCACUGUGGGUCCUUCCAGAACGCCUCUCCUCGCCUGGACAUCUUCGUUUCUUCCUCUUGCCU